AUGCGGCAAAGGCGACGGGUACAAGAGGAAGGGCGGCAGGAGGAAGCAGAGGGAGGUUGGCGGGUUGGUUGGGUGCAGACGAGUGAUGCAGGGGCGAAUGAAGGGACGCCGCAGCAGGGAGAGCAGAUCGAGCGAAGAAGCAGAAAGGGGGGAGAUCAAGGCAAGGAGGAGGGGGGACAGGAUGGGGACGGGGAGGGGGAGGGGGAGGGCAUGAGUCGGGACUUUGCGUUUGAGGAGUAUCGGUGGCAGCCCCAUGGGAUGCAGCACCACACGGUGGCGCUGGUGGGCGACUCGCUCAGCCGCCAGCAGUUCCUCUCGCUGCUCUGCCUGCUCGCCCCACACCCCCGAGUGCUGCCCCCCAACCACACCCGCCCGCUCAACGCAGUCAACGCGGGCGGGCAGGGCGUGGCGGUGGUGGACGUGGGGUGGCGCUUCAACCUCACAUGGGGCGCGCCUGUGCGCGGCACUGCCAGGGGCGCUGCUGUGUGGCUGCCUGGCAGCAACACCACGCUGCUGCAGCGCACCUCCAACCUGCUGUGCCACGAGCACAUGCUGCCCGCUGCCGUGCCCGUGGAGGAAGAGGGAGAGGAGGAGGAGGAGGGGGGGGAGGAUGAGAAGAAGGAAGGGGGGAGUAAGGGGGAGAGUGUGGAGGAGGGGAGGGAGGAGGGCGGGCAGGGGCGGCGGCAAGUGGGAGCGGGGAGGAGGAGGCAGUACCGGCGGGUGGUUCGGGUGUAUGAGGCGGACGAGUGGCUGCUGCAGCACCUGUGGCGCCUGGACGUGGUCGUGCUCAGCACUGCCAACCACUGGACUGCCAGCAGUUUCAGAGCCAACCAGCAGGCCGUGCAGACCUCCCCCACCGCGCGCCCGUUCAUGCCGUCUGAGAGUCAAUUGGAGUCAACGCCAUUCAUGGCUGGCCUGCGCAGGCAGGCACUGCUGGCAGUCACGCGCUCGCUGGCGCUCGCCGCUGUCCGCGCUGCCCGUGCCGCUCCGCCCGUCAUCUUCCUGCGCUCCGCCUCGCCCAGCCACUUCACCGGCGGCACCUUCCAAUCCGGUGGCCGCUGUGACAUGCAUGCGGAGCCCCUCUCACCUGCUACAGCCUGCGCACAUGCUGCCGACUGCCGUGAUGCCGCUGCAGAGGAAGCUGUAGCAACUGCCAGCGCUGCUGUUGCUGCCGCUACAGCUGCCGCCUCUGAUGACCUUGCCGCCUCUGAUGACCUUGCUGCCACUAUGCCUGGCGCCCCACCCUCUGCCUUGGCCGUGCAUGAGUCCACGUGGGGGCAGCCCAGCAUCCCGUGGCUGCGCCUGCUGGACGCCUUCCCCCUCUCCCUCAUGCGCCCCGACGCCCACGUCGUCGCCUUCCCCCUGCUCCUCAACACCCCCCCUCUGCCUCACCCGUUCAUGUCAGAGAAACCCCUGCUGCCCCACAGGCAGCUGCUGCCACGGGAGGUGGUGAAUGGGUCUGUGGUGGGGCACGGCGAUGGCGCUGUAACGCGGGGGCGAGGGGGCCGAAUGAUUCGUGACUGCGUGCACUGGUGCCUGCCUGGCGUGCCUGACACCUGGAACCAGCUCAUGUAUGCCGACCUCUUGCAAUCUGGCCUUCUUGCUAUCAUUUGA